UGUCUGUCCGGUGGGCGCCAUAUUGGAGCAGCAACUAUUGUUAUAAAUUGAGACGGGGCUGCUGCUGGCUGAGUUUACAUGUUUUUUGCGCGUUUGUUCUGAAAAUAUUUGGAUAUUUCUACGCAAGGUCAUGAGAGAGAUGUCAGCGUAAGUGUUCCGUGCCUCACAAUGAUGUUAUGUUGGACUGGCAACAGUACGCUUGGCGGGCAGCAGCCUCGGAAACAUUAUGGCAUCACAUCUUCAAUCAGCCUGGCAUUUCCCAGAGAGAUAGACAAUAUCUACACUCAGAAGCUCACUGAGGCUAUGAAACCAUUUGGAGUGUUUGAAGGUGAAGAUGAGCUCAAUCACAGGCUUGCAGUGCUUGGGAAGCUAAAUUCCUUUGUGAAGGAAUGGAUUUCUGAAAUCAGUGAAUCAAAGAAUCUUCCACCGUCAGCAGUAGCGAAUGUUGGUGGCAAAAUUUUUACGUUUGGGUCCUAUAGGUUGGGAGUGCACACAAAAGGUGCUGAUAUAGAUGCUUUGUGUGUUGCCCCACGUCAUGUUGAAAGAACUGACUUUUUUUCAUCCUUCUUUGAAAAACUAAAACGGCAUGAUGAGAUUAAGGACCUGCGCGCUGUGGAAGAUGCAUUUGUACCAGUGAUCAAAUUCAAGUUUGAUGGCAUUGAGAUUGAUCUGCUGUUUGCUAGACUAGCUCUACAGUCCAUUCCUGAUAACCUGGACCUGAGAGGAGACUCUCUCCUCAGAAACUUGGACAUCAGAUGUAUUCGCAGUCUUAAUGGUUGCCGUGUUACAGAUGAGAUCCUAUAUUUGGUGCCUAAUAAAGAGAAUUUCAGAUUAACAUUAAGAGCGAUUAAACUGUGGGCCAAACGCCGUGGAAUCUAUUCCAACAUGCUAGGCUUUCUCGGUGGAGUUUCCUGGGCUAUGCUGGUGGCCAGAACAUGUCAGCUUUACCCAAAUGCUGUUGCCGCCACACUUGUGCAUAAGUUCUUUUUGGUCUUCUCUAAAUGGGAAUGGCCAAACCCUGUGCUUUUAAAACAACCCGAAGACAGCAAUUUGAAUCUGCCGGUCUGGGAUCCACGGGUGAAUCCAUCAGACAGGUAUCACCUAAUGCCAAUUAUCACUCCUGCAUAUCCACAACAGAAUUCCACCUACAAUGUGUCCACUUCCACACGCACCAUUAUGAAUGAGGAGUUCAAGAAUGGACUUACUGUUACAGAUGAAAUUCUUCAGGGUAAAGCUGACUGGUCCAAGCUGUUUGAACCUCCCAACUUUUUCCAACAGUAUAGGCAUUAUAUUGUCCUCACUGCCAGUGCAUCCACUGAGGAAAACCAUUUAGAGUGGAUUGGACUGGUUGAAUCAAAGAUAAGAGUGUUGGUUGGUAACUUGGAGCGCAAUGAGUACAUCACUCUUGCCCAUGUCAACCCACAGUCUUUUCCUGGGUCAAAAGAGAACCGCAAUGAGAAUGAUUUUGUUUCCAUGUGGUUUAUUGGAAUCAGCUUUAAAAAACUGGACAAUUCUGACUGUGUGAAUAUUGACUUGACUUACGACAUUCAGUCUUUCACAGAUACUGUUUAUAGGCAGGCCAGCAACAUCAACAUGCUGAAGGAUGGCAUGACUAUUGAGGCCACACAUGUGAAGAAGAAACAGCUGCAUCACUACCUGCCUCCUGAGCUGGUGCAGAGGAAAAAGAAGAGUUUGGGAGAUAUAAACCGGAGCUCAAAUGGGGGUGGGUCAAAGCGCUGCUCUCUGGAUAGCAGUCAGCUGGACAGCUCCAGGGACACAGACAUCGGCACACCAUUCAGCUCUCCUACACCCAUCAGCAAACCAUGCCAGCCAGCCUCCACACCUGAAGACAACUGUAGUAGCCCACCCCAGCCUCCAGUUCUUGAGUUUAUGGACAGCCCACCAGCAUCAGAACUGUCUCAACCAGAACAAGGAAUGUCCAUUCCAGUCAUCGGCUCCAAGCCCAUCACCACUCCAGUUGCCAAGCCCCCAACACCUCCAGCUGGCAACACUAUUCCUACAGUGGUGGGUCGCAGUGUAAUACCACGCCUUGCCGCUUCCUCCCCUGAACUGGCCAACAGUCUAAAUGGAGCGCCAAAGAGACCUCACUCUCCAUCUCUAGAGGAUCCACCCAAGAGGCACAAAGACACAGAGGUGUUCUCUGAUGACUCUGAGUUUAAAGAGCCGUUUCCUCCCUCUAGCAAUGGCUUGGAUGGUGAAGAGGGACAAACAGUGGAGACUCUUGCAGCAACCAAAGCUAUGCCAAUACCAACAAUUGAUACAUCAAGAUCACAGAGACUACCCAGCAAUGAGCUUCCAGAUGCAUCUUCUCCAAUCCCCACAAGCAACCUCCGUGUGAUUAAAAACUCAAUCAGACUCACUCUUAACCGAUAACAUUGAGCUUGUCUACAGGUAACUUGAGUUGUUACUGUUGCUGCCACUCUUUGCUUUGCCCUUUAAUCUGUUUUUCCCCUCUUCUUGAACAUCUGUCCACACAGGUUGUCCCUUAAAGAGUGGAACCCCACUUGUAACAGCAGUGCUGCUUUUAAACUGCUACUGAUAUUUGGCCGGUCUUCCUGCUUGUUACAGAAUUAGUGUAAAGUAUUGAUUUUUUUUUUUCAGGUUUUUUUUUCUUCUUCUUUUUUUACUGUCAUAAUGCUUGCUUCAACAUCUCUUUGAGCUUUUGAAACCGCUUGUACAGUAGAUGUAGUUUGUAUAUAUCUUUAAAACCAUUGUUAGUCUUUCUAUGCCACCUUAAUGUAGUUUUUAUUAACAAAAAAAGAGAAAAAAAAUUGUCCUGUUUGUCACUGUAAAUGAGAUUCGUCGUCGUUUGUCUAAAGGGUUUUCCUUGCCGUCUUUUUGUAAUCGCUGUGUUGGUUCUGGUACAGUUUCUGGGAGGACCUUUUGUGUGGGGUGUGAAUGCGUGUGUGAGUGUGUAGAUGGACCAGCGUUAGUAACACAAAACCAUGACUCAUCACCUAGCAUAAACUCUGCUGCCACUUCAUAGUUUUGUUAUCCGCUCUGUACAGAAGAGCAAAGUUGGAUCUGAAGUUUGGGUUUGUUGGGCCAAUAUUUUCAAGGCAGGUUUGGUUUUACAGUGAGGUUGCAAUUUAUUUGUGGGUCAGUGUUGGUUUUUGCGAGUGCAUGUGCAUGAUUGUAAUUCCCUUCAUCUAGGGCAUCAUCCCUGCGCCUCCCAUGGAGGUCUGAAUGACAGAGUCUCCCGAACUUCAAGAACAGAGACUAAAUGAGAUUUCUGUCCUCUUUCCAUCACCCCCCCCCCCCCCCUUAUUUGUUUUGGCCGCUCCCUCCCCCCCUUUCAUUUCCACAACUAACUGUCUUGCCCUGUUGGGGUGUACAGACAAAACAAACUUCUUAUUCUUUUUGGGGUUUCUUAACAUUUUAUUUAUUUGUACCAUUAUCAUUUUUAUAUCGCAGGUAUUGCAGUUGAACUUGUUCUUCUAGAAAUUAAUUUCAUUGCUCAGUUCCAAUCUACCUGUUACCUUUAGGACAAUUUCCAAAAAAUAUAUAUCUACUUGUCAUAUUCUUUUUGUAGGGCAAAAGUUGUAUUUGAAAGGGUAUUUUUGUAUGUAAUGUAAACUGCCUUCUUUACAUUAAGAACAUAAAAAUUCACAAAACCCCAAA